AUGGAAGGAGAUCGCAUAAUCUCUGAAAACACGAUUGGAAAUGGCAACGUGUUCUUCCAGGGUAAUGUCAGCGUCAAUAAUCACGCGCAAGACUCGCAGAAGCAAGGAGAGCACGACGUUCUUAAACGUCUCUAUACAUCGCCAUAUCAGGAUCGAAAAGAUCGAAACCCUCCACGAGUACCGGGUACAUGCGACUGGUUUGUGUCCCACGAGCACUUUCGGACUUGGAACGAGAGCAACUCAUCAGCCCUGCUCUGGGUGUCGGCAGAUCCAGGGUGCGGAAAAUCAGUGUUGGUAAAGCAUUUGGUUGACUCUGUUAUGCAAACUACAGAGUCUAGAGCAGUGUGCUACUUUUUCUUCAAAGAUGACUUUCCAGACCAGAAAAAUAUUACCAGCGCUCUUAGCUGCAUACUUCGCCAGAUAUUCAUUCAAAGGCCCUCAUUAUUGUCCGAUGAGAUGCUGAGAAAGUUUAAUUCGGGAGGGGAAACAUUCACUACUUCAUUCAGCGACCUUUGGAAAACCUUGAUGAAAGUGGCAGAGAAUGAGGACGCAGGCGAAAUCGUCUGCAUUCUCGAUGCAAUCGAUGAAUGCGAGGAUCAGAGUGGACAGGGAAGAUCUGAGCUUCUCAAGGCAUUGUGCACGCUAUACGGAACCGAUACUAGAAGGAAUUCGAAUCUGAAAUUCCUUCUCACCAGUCGGCCAUAUGCUGAAAUUUCUCGCGGUCUUCAGCCGGUACAAGUUCCAGAGCUACCAGUAAUUCGUUUAAGUGGAGAAAGCGAGGACGAAAUAAAGAAAAUUUCCCUGGAAAUCAAUAUUUAUAUUGACGCCAGAGUCCAUGAUAUAGCAAAUCGGCUACAGCUUACCGAAAACGAAUGUGAUCUCCUGCUGCGGAAAUUGAAAAGUGUUCCUAAUAGGACAUACUUAUGGGUAUAUCUUGUCCUCGAUUACAUCGAAAACAGUAUCAAUGUUAGCAACACGAUGAUAAUUGAGGCCACUUUACACAUGCCUACAACAGUUGACGAAGCCUACGAGAGAAUACUCUCCAAGAGCACUAAUGCCAAACAAGCCAGGAUAAUUCUGCACAUCAUUGUCGCAGCAGCACGGCCCUUAACCCUCGGAGAGAUGAAUUUUGCAAUGGCCUCGAAUAACGGUGACCAGCAAUCCUAUGACGAUCUUGGUCUGGCACCUGAAUAUCGUUUUCGCGAAACUCUACGAAAUAUUUGUGGCCUUUGUGUCGUGGUUGUUGACUCAAGGGUCUAUCUGCUACACCAGACAGUAAAAGAGUUUCUUGUUAGAGCAGAUGAUAUGCAAACCAUCGGAAGGGACCGUGGAGAUGUCGAAUGGAAAUUUUCUCUAUACCUACUGGAAUCUCACCGCAUUCUCGCCGAAAUCUGCAUCUGGCACCUCCUUGCGGGAUUAACGAUUAUACCUGACUCGGCAACCGAACAAAAUUGGCGUGGAAUCUUUCUCGAUUACUCUGCAAAACAUUGGGCGUCGCAUUUCCAUCAGAUGCUCAGUGAAACACAGUCCAUUAUGACUGAAUCAAUACUGAUGAUUUGUGACGUUGCAUCAAGCUGUUGCCAGACAUGGUUCAGCUGCUAUUGGACCACGACAAAUACACAGUUUCCCGAAGACUUUACUACCCUUAUGUUGGCGUCCUAUUUCGGACUGAGUAUAGCAGUUAGCAACUUGCUUACAACAUCUGAUAUCAAAUUGAAUGUUCGAGAUAGCACAUACCAGCGGACCGCUUUGUCCUGGGCUGUCAGAAAUGGCUUUUACAAGGUUUCUGAGCUUCUGCUUAACGGCAUUCGGGAAAAGCUAGGCACUCUUAAGUUACCGUUUAGGAAGAGAGCGAAAGUCGACCUGCAGGACAAAUAUGGCCGAACCGCAUUGACGUAUGCUAUUUGGAAUGGAGAUGUCGCUCUUGUCCAGCUGUUGAUUAAGGCAGGGGCGCGGGCACACCUGACAGAUGAACUCGAUGGAACACCAUUAUCAUAUGCUUUUUGCAACGGAAACGCUGAAAUAAUUGAUCUCCUUGCCAAAAGGAAGCGUGUAGUCGAUAUUGAGAAUGAUAUCAACCGAUUAUUGCUUUCUGCGGCAGAAAAGGGGCAUGAAGAAGUAAUGUCUCUAUUGCUCAAGACAAAUAGAGCCAACAUUGAGGUGCAGAAUCAGUAUGGCAGCACACCUCUAUUAAUCGCUGCUGAGAAAGGACACAACACUAUAGUGAAACUGCUGCUUAAGGCAGGAGUAGAUGUAAAUGCUCAUGAAGAUAGCGGCUUUACAGCUUUAACCUAUGCCUCUAGGACUGGCUGCGAGGCAAUAGUAAAAUUGCUGCUUAAGGCAGGAGCAGAUGUAAAUGCUCAUACAGAUAACGGCUUUAUAGCUUUAAUCGAUGCCUCUAGGGAGGGCCACGAGGCAAUAGUAAAAUUGCUGCUUGAGGCAGGAGCAGAUGUGAAUGCUCAUACAGAUAACGGCUCCACAGCUUUAUACGAUGCCUCUUGGCGGGGCCAUGAGGCAAUAGUGAAAUUGCUGCUUGAGGCAGGAGCAGACGUAAAUGCUCAUGAAGAUGACGGCUCUACAGCUUUAUUGGAUGCCUCUCGGUGGGGCCACGAGGCAGUAGUGAAAUUGCUGCUUGAGGCAAGAGCAGAUGUAAAUGCUUAUAAUAACUUCGGCUCUACAGCUUUAUUUAUUGCCUCUAGGAAUGGCCAUGAGGCAAUAGUGAAAUUGCUGCUUGAGGCGGGGGCGAGCCGAUCAUAA